UCGCAAUAAAAACGUGAAAAACGCCCUCGAAAUUCCGCCUAUUACGGAAACACCCGACAGUUAAUGAGCAGAGGCUGGUAUCACGUGACAUGACGUCACAUGUGCCGGUUGCCGAUGGCUUCCUCUUUGGUUAUGUUUGACAGCUUGAGAUUGACCAUGGAUUCUGAGGCACUAAAUGAUGUUCCCGAAGUCAUUUUUGACCUGGAUGUUAGACCGUACCAAUACGAGCCAAUUUUACAUCAUGCAAGAGAAACUUCCAGUGAAGAUGAAGGAGAAGAAUCCAGCGACACGGAGGCACCACUUGAUGUCAACAUCGGAAGACUCGGGAACACAGACUGGUGUGACUGUGGUAAGUGCAUCCCGAUGCCAACUGGUCUUGAAAGUAAGUGUUGCCAGGAGAUUCAGCAAACGGAACACAUGUGCGAUGAAGCAGCUGUGCAGUGUAUCACUGAGCACUCAUAUUUUGUGGACAAUUGUCUGAGGAGAGGAGUCGUUUGGGUUUCAUUACUGGAGUUUGUUCAGCAGGAUGGACCACUUGACGACAACGAGCCAGUACAUGAGGCAUACAGAUACUGUUCAUAUCGUCGCUUCUCCAGACUGGUAUACCAUCGUCUUCCAAAGAAUGUAGGAAAGUUCAUCCUUCAUGUUGUGAAGAAAAUUAGAGAGGCAUUCCCAGCAGAAUCAGACUCAUACACCGGGUUCAAGUAUGCAAAGCCAUGA